ACAAAGACAUCAACGUGUACGUGUGCUAUCUCGGCGUGGAUAGAGUCGUACGUGCUCAUCUUGACUCACAUGUGAUGUGAACAGUGGCGAUAACUGAUACUCAAACCUGGAACGAUUCAAAAAUAUCUCGAGAAGAGCCAAAGCAGCUGAACACUUGCCAUGCAUGUCCAGCACGGAACCAUGUAGAGUACGACGUACAGACAGAUGUGGACCAGCAAAUGAUGCCACGGCAACCAGCUGCGUGACCGGCACCACAUCUUUUCCUGUGCUAUGCCUCCACUGCCCAAUCAUGGACAUGGACUAUCCUCCUCGCUACCCUGGCCAACCGAGCGGAGUGUGCAGUGACGACGGCAUCCCCGUCGUCGACUUGGCCGUCCUCGUCAACGGCGAUGCCUGGGAACGGGCGCAGGCGAUCCGGCACCUCGGCCGGGCGUGCCAAGACUGGGGCUUCUUCAUGGUGACCAACCAUGGGGUGCCGGAGACUCUCCAGAGCGCGAUGAUGGACGCGUGCAGGGAGCUGUUCAGCCUGCCGCCGGAGCAGAAGCAGGAGCACCUGGACGCCGGCCCGAUGGACCCCGUGCGCGUCGGCACGGGCUUCAACUCCGCCGUCGACGGCGCCAGGUACUGGCGGGACUACGUCAAGAUGUUCGCGCACCCUGAGCUCCACUGCCCCGCCAAACCCGAAAGCCUGCGUGGCGUGGCCGCGGAGUACGCGGCGUGCACGAGGGGCCUGCUGCUGGAGCUCACGGCGGCCAUCUCCGAGAGCCUGGGGCUCGAGGGCGGCCUCAUUGCUCAGCGCCUGGACCUGGCAUCCGGCCUCCAGAUCCUCGUCGGCAACCAUUACCCGCCGUGCGGUGGUGGCCCAGGCGACGAUGGGGCCGUCGGUUUGCCGGCUCACUCUGACCACGGCCUCCUCACUCUGCUCUUCCAGAACGGCGUCGAUGGCCUUCAGGUCAAGCACGACGGCCGUUGGCUCCUCGCCAAACCCAUCCCUGGCUCCUUCUUCGUCAUCGCCGGCGAUCAGCUGGAGAUCGUGAGCAAUGGAAGGUACAAGGGCGUGCUCCACCGCGCACUGGUCGACCGCGAGCAGGUGAGGAUGUCGUGCGUGAGCCUCAUCGGACCGUGCCUGGACGCCGUCGUCGAACCCGUCCCGGAGCUGGCAGCGCCACCACUGGGCCUGGAGUUCAGGGGGGUAAAGUACAGGGACUACAUGGAACACCAGCAGAGCAACAAGCUCAACGAGAAGGGAGCGCUGGACCUCGUGCGGGUUGCAACGGCAGAUACUUACUCACCAGCCCAUAUAUUCUUCAAUUAACUGAGCAUGAUUCUGGAGGUUAAAAUCCUGAAGAUUCAUUGUGUGCUCGAAAAUAAAUAAAACUCCAUGAUCAUAAUGGGAUUAACUUAUAGUAUGAGGAGGUAAUAUUGUGCUUAAAA